UAAAUGUUAAUUUAAUUAUAUGUGUGUUUUUGAGUGAACGUGAUCAGUGAAAAAUGUUAAACAAAUUGAAAUUUGCCUGGUCGAAAACUAACCGGUUUCAUCGAGUUAUUUUUAUAUUCCUGCUGGUGGAAUUGAAGCUGUUUCCGGGCGGUAAGGUCGGCUUCCAGUGCAAUGACCCAGCUUUGUCACAUCCUUUCACAGGUGACACAGUCAACUGGAAAUGGUUAAUAGGGGUCACGACUUUCCUGCCUUUAGUUGUGAUGCUUAUAAUAGAAAAACAGAAAGACAAGACAGAUUUAGCUAAAAAGAAGGCACUCCUGUGGUACAAAGAGUAUUUAUAUGGGUACAUGAUUAAUCUAACAUUGGUACAGUGCCUUAAGUUUAUAGUGGGAUCACCGAGGCCACACUUCUUUGAUACUUGCAGUCCAAAAGAAGCAUUGACAUGUGAAGAAUCAGAGUAUGUAUCGAGUUACACUUGCACUAAAGCGCAUUGGCUGAAUCAGUCAGAUAGGAGUUUUCCAUCGGGACACACCUCCUUAGCCUUCCACGCUGGAAUAUUUAUUAUAUACUAUCUCCAUCAACGAGCCAACCACAUAAACACAAGGACGAUAAGACUGAUCCAGUUAUUUUGCUGUGUGGCAACACUGCAUUGUACCAUAACCCGCCUCACCGACCACAGACACCACUGGUGGGAUGUACUCGCCGGGAUGGUGGUUGCAGCUGGAAUACUUAUUUACACCAUACUCCGCCUCUGUAAAAAUUUCGAAUGCCUAACGCCAAAAGAAAAUAUCGAAAGUCAAAAUGCUGAAAAUUUAGUUCAAAACACUAACACUUUGCACAACGCUCGGCAAACAAAGGUUAUAGAAAAUAUAGAACAAUAAAGGGACAGAGUCCUUAUUCAACAAAUUUGCAGGUAGCUUUCAAAAGACGUCAUCUCAAUUUUUCAAAAUUUUUGAGCCGCCAUUUAUUUCCUGCAAAGUCAAAAGUAAGUUGUCUUCGCUGUAUUUAAAUAAGAAAACUCAUUUUGGUGGCAAUUUGCAUAUAUACCGGAAAUAAAAAAAUUUAAUUG